AUGCUCUGUAUUCAUUGAUUUGUUAAGAAUGAAUAUGAGGUCGUUGUCAUCAUCAUCAUCAUCAUCACCUGCAACUGUAACGAAACUCGCCCUCUCAAUCCACUCCUCCUUCCCCACUCUCAAUCUCAAUCCAAUCUUCUUCUACAAAUUCAAAUCCAAUAAACAUAACAAACCCCCUUUCUUCUCCAUCCGCAAUUGCACCACUUCCAAUUCCAUCUCAGCGAAACCAUCUUCCCAACUCCGUAAAAACCGUUCCUCAAAUUCCGACUCCGACCCCAAACUCACCGCCCUCCGCCGUCUCUUCUCCAAACCCGAUGUCUCCAUUGACGCUUACAUCAUCCCUUCUCAAGACGCUCAUCAGAGCGAGUUCAUCGCUCAAUCUUACGCUAGACGAAAAUACAUUUCUGCUUUUACUGGCAGUAAUGGAACCGCCGUUGUUACCAACGAUAAAGCCGCUCUCUGGACUGAUGGUCGCUAUUUUCUCCAGGCAGAGAAGCAACUGAACUCCAAUUGGAUUCUCAUGCGUGCUGGAAAUCCAGGAGUCCCUACUACCAGUGAGUGGCUCAAUGAGGUUUUGGCGCCAGGUGCUAGAGUUGGCAUUGAUCCUUUUCUUUUUACUUCGGAUGCUGCUGAAGAACUUAAACAUGUCAUCUCUAAGAAAAACCAUGAGCUCGUUUAUCUGUACAAUUCAAAUCUUGUGGAUGAAAUAUGGAAAGAAGCUAGGCCGGAGCCUCCAAAUAAGCCGGUUAGAGUGCAUGGCCUCAAGUAUGCUGGUUUAGAUGUUGCGUCGAAAUUGUCAUCUCUGAGGUCUGAACUUGUUCAGGCUGGUUCAUCUGCAAUUAUUGUCACCGCGCUUGAUGAAAUUGCGUGGUUGUUGAACUUGAGAGGCAGUGAUAUCCCACAUUCACCUGUUGUGUAUGCAUAUUUGAUUGUGGAGAUUGAUGGUGCUAAGUUAUUUAUUGACAAUUCAAAAGUUACUGAAGAGGUGGAUGACCACUUGAAGAAAGCAAACAUAGAGAUCAGGCCAUACAAUUCAAUUGUAUCCGAGAUUGAAAAUUUGGCAGCACGAGGAUCCUCCCUUUGGUUGGAUACUUCCUCUGUUAAUGCUGCUAUUGUAAAUGCCUACAAAGCUGCAUGCGACAGAUAUUAUCAGAACUACGAGAGUAAACAUAAAACUAGGAGCAAAGGUUUUGACGGAUCAAUUGCGAACUCAGAUGUCCCCAUUGCUGUCCACAAAUCCUCCCCUGUUUCACUAGCAAAGGCCAUAAAAAAUGAAACGGAGCUGAAAGGAAUGCAAGAAUGCCAUUUAAGGGAUGCUGCUGCCCUUGCUCAGUUCUGGGAUUGGCUAGAGAAAGAAAUUACCAACGAUAGGAUAUUAACAGAAGUAGAAGUUUCAGACAAACUUCUCGAGUUUCGCUCAAAACAAGCUGGUUUCUUGGAUACUAGCUUUGACACGAUAAGCGGUUCCGGUCCAAAUGGUGCUAUCAUACACUACAAACCAGAACCAGGGAGUUGUAGUACUGUGGAUGCCAAUAAAUUAUUCUUAUUGGAUAGUGGUGCUCAAUAUGUUGAUGGCACAACUGACAUUACACGGACAGUUCAUUUUGGCAAGCCAACAACUAGAGAGAAAGAGUGUUUCACCCGAGUUUUGCAGGGUCAUAUAGCUCUUGAUCAGGCAGUCUUCCCGGAAGAUACCCCUGGUUUUGUGCUGGAUGCAUUUGCACGAUCCUUUCUUUGGAAAGUUGGGCUUGACUACAGGCAUGGAACUGGGCAUGGUGUAGGAGCUGCAUUGAAUGUUCAUGAAGGCCCUCAAGGCAUCAGUUACCGUUAUGGAAAUUUGACCCCUCUAGUGAAUGGCAUGAUUGUAAGCAAUGAACCUGGCUAUUAUGAAGACCAUGCUUUCGGCAUUCGGAUUGAGAAUCUACUGUAUGUGAGAAAUGUUGAGACACCAAAUCGUUUUGGAGGAAUUCAAUACCUAGGAUUUGAAAAGCUUACAUACGUGCCCAUUCAGAUAAAAUUGGUUGACGUGUCUCUGCUAUCGACAACAGAGAUUGAUUGGCUUAACAACUACCACUCAGUAGUAUGGGAAAAGGUUUCACCAUUGCUGGAUGGCUCUGCUCGCCAAUGGCUUUGGAACAACACUCAGCCUAUCAUCAGGGAAACAGUUUAAGGAUUUACAUGCUAAUGUGUUUGGGCACCUGUGCUCCUCAUUCUGGCGUGCUAAUCUUACCUAUUUGACUUUAUACUCCAGAUUUCCUACUUAAUCUGUAUGCUGUGAAUUAAAUAGUGAAUAGAGAUUACAGAAUUUGAUAAAUAGGAGUUGAGCUUGGCAGGGCAAAUGAGCAUUUAGCCAUUUGCAUCACUGAAGUGUGCGUGCUUUAUGGUAUUCAGUAUAAUUUUUACUGUUGGUAGUGUUGUUAUAGUUAACAUUCUGUCUCUACUCUGAAUUGUAGUAAUUAAAAGGACGGUCUUCAACUUUUUGCUUUUCAUGGUAUCAAUUAGACUUGAAAUGAAAUGGAGUAUGAUUGGGGAGAUUGAAUUAAUGUUUA